ACCCUAAUUUUAAGACAAAAAGGAUCGCUUCAUUUGAAGUAUCGGCCUAAAGUAAAUUUAUUUUUAAUUCAGCCCCUUAUCAACAUGAGAUGUACAGAACAGUCUAUUUGGGCUAUAAGCACUUUAUGCGGAAUUUUCGUUCUGUGUGCACAGACAGCACCUAUCUUCUUGCUCGAUUGGGUUCACAUCAGAGAACCUAGGCCAUUAAAUAUUCCUCCACAAGGAGAGCCUCCAACAUUGACUAGCGAUGACAAAGGGCCUUUGGAAAUUCCAUUUGAAUAUAAUGCUGGAUAUUUCGGAAUGUGUAGAAGAUGGAUAGCAUCAAAUCAAAGCCUAAAUAGCGGAAAUAAUCCUAUAGAAAAUUUGCCUCCGCUAAAAGAAUUGGAGAAAAUUAUUCCUUCUUUAGCUCCUGAUACUUGUGUUUGGAAUUCGGCAUAUUCUGGAGAGGAUCUCAGCGAAUUUAGUUUUGCUACUAGUGCAAUUUUGGGUGAGUUGAUAAAAUACAGUCAAAUCUCGGGUUUGAAUACUUCCUGGCUUUGA